GAAAGCAGUGUUAAUUGGUCUGAGAUGGGAGUUAGAUGUGACGUUUGAUAUUCUCUAUUUUUUAUUUUAUUCAACGUUUAUCUUUAUUGUUUUGUGCAUUGUUUUAUUUUUUCAACAAAGUGAAAGUGAAAUACAGUUGACUAUAAUGGAAAAGGUCUCAGUUUCAAAGGGUGUAUUUUCUAGCAAAAGUUAUAUCUUUGGAGAUAAGAGAAUAAAGCAUGAAUAUCAGAAUUAUAUGGACUUUCCAUGGUAUCACUCAUAUAAAGAAAUAUGGAGCACAGUUCAAAAUUGUACAGAGGAUAUUAAUUAUACAAUGUUCAAACAAAUUAUGGAAGACUUGCAUUCCUACGUAUCUAAGGUAAAAGAUGGUUCAAUGAAAAUUCUGCCAUCCGAAAUACCGACCGCAAUUUUGUUGGCUGGUGUCAAUGUUCCUGAUCACGUCAUGCUUUUUGAUAAAGUAGUGUCGACUCUUGAAAGUGUCACUCCUUAUAUAGCGACUGUGAGCUCGAAGAAUUGUAAUAACAUGAAAAACAUGGUUGAAGAAAGCAUUUAUCAAUUGAUCAAUGCAGAAACAAAGGACGAUCCAAUUAUAAAGAAGACUCAUUGCACUUUUCGUGCUUUGAGUUGCUGGUAUCAAGAAUCGAACAAAGAAAAUACACCACUCGUUAUAAUUGUACGUGAUUUUGAAAACUUUUCUGCCAAAGCACUACACGAUUUCGUCUAUAAUUUAAGUAUAUACUCUACAAUGAAAAUAGUUUUAAUCUUCGGUAUUGCAACAAGUUUGCAUGUCGUGCAUAGAACCCUGUCCUACGACGUUACAUCAAAACUUCGAGUAAAAGUGUUUUCCACACAAACACAAUUGCAAAGUUUAUCGGAUGCUUUGGAAGGAAUUAUUUUCUCACAUAAAAUACCGUUUAAACUAACAGGAAAUGCGUUUAAUUUGCUUCAGGAUAUAUUUCUCUUUUAUGACUUAUCGGUUGAUGGAUUUAUGCAAGCUUACAAGAUUUGCUUGGCCCUACACUUUUUUGACAACAAUUGGGCUUCUCUCUGUUGCAAUUCAAGUGACAUCGAAGAGAAGAUAGAUAAUUUAAUGCUCUCAGACAUUCAGGAAUUUAAGAAAUUACCUUCAAUAGCCCACUACUUCAAAGGGAAAGAAGAAUUGAAUCCAAAGGAGUUUAAAAAAUUUCUCGUCGAUCGCACAAAAACGUUUCAAAUAUAUAUGCACGAAUUUCUGUCAGUGCUUAAAUGCUUGCAUGCUUUUGUUGCUACUCUGACAAGUGCUCCGUUAGGAAAAAAAUUUCGAGAAAUAUACGGGAAAGCUGUUAGCUCAAAUUUAACGGAUUCGGAAGAAUACAAGAGUGCACUACAACUUUUAAAAUACCUGGCUAAAGAAGAGCUCCUCUUGAAACUCACUGAAGUUAUAGAAGUUGCUAAAGACAAUGAAAAGUUCUUACCUCAGGGUUUUAAGAAGAAUUUAGAGAAGAACUUCAAAAUAAUACAAAAUGCUAGUUUAGAAAUUCCUUCUCCAGUUAAAUCAAGAAAGACUGAUUCAGAAGAGACGUCACCAAAAUCUGAAGUGAAUAAAGUAGGGGAGAGACUCAAGCGUAUGGCAUUUGUAGAGGAUCUGCGUAGCAAGGCACGGAAGACUUCACAUUCGCCGUACAAAGAAGCACAGGAAAAUUUGAUAGAUUAUCUGGACAGAGACAUAUUUUCUGUUUAUCUGAAGAAUCCUAGAAAAUACGUGGGACAUGACAUUUUCUGUUUCCAUGAUAGCAAUUUGGUGAAACGACAGAUUAAAGGUUCUCUCCGAGCUGCAGUUCAUACCGCAUUGAAUGAUCCCAGAUUUUAUCUCAAGUGUGAUUGCUGCCAUGUGAGUAACGACGGCGAAAUUCUGAGUACAAUGCCAGAUCUCAGUAUAAUUUAUAAACUGCACUUAGAGAACAGGAAGUUGAUUAAUAUGUACGACUGGUUACAGUCAUUCCUGUCGUUCGUCGACCCCAGCGAAACUGAAGAACAACGGGAAGUAGAUCCAGCGAUAAACGCCCGAUUCUCGCAGGCAGUUGCAGAAUUGCAGUUCCUCGGGUACAUAAAAGGAUCUAAAAGGAAGACAGAUCAUGUUAAACGGCUUACUUGAUUUAAUUAAUGAUUUAAAAUGUGAUAUAUAACAAGUCAUUUACACAAUAAAUUGAUUUUUACUUUUUUUA